AAAGGAGUACCGAAUAGAAGGCACUAAAAAAUUGAAAGAGAAAGAGGACGAAACAAAGAGGGGGAGGGGCUUGUAUUGAGUGGUGAUGCAACUUAAGAACCACGGAUAGCGAUGUUUACGUAGCUAAAUUCCAUAGGCAUGACAAGAGUCAAGAAAUUAAUCUUGCGGCUUACCAUAUUCGACUUUUCCUUCAUAUAGGAUACAGCUGUAGGUACCGUACAUAAAGGAUGUUAAAAGGCAGUUUAAAGACUGUAGAGGACUGAAAACAGUAACAGAAGGUAAUACAGGAUAGACCAGAACAUAUACCCCAUUUAACCAGAGUAAUCAAGGAGAGAAGAAGUAAUCUGAUAAAAAAAAAAAAAAGAGAAAAAACUGAUUCAAAUGCUGCAAAGCAUUGAUCCAGAAUAAGAAACAAAACCAAAAACAGAUCAUUUGUUGAUUCGUUGAAGAAUUUAGACGUCAUGACUGACAAUAAUCACAACUGCAGAGCUGUUUCUCUUGUGUUACUGAGACAUGGAGAGAGCAUUUGGAAUAAGGACAAUAAAUUUUGUGGCUGGGUGGAUGCAGACUUAGCUGACACUGGACAUCAGGAAGCAAAAACAGCAGGCAGGAUCCUGAGAGAAAAGGGUUUUACCUUUGAUGUUGCAUUCUGCAGUGUUCUGAAAAGAUCUGUUAAAUCUUUGAACAUUGUGUUGGAUGAGCUUGACCUGCAUUGGAUCCCAGUAUUCAAACAUUGGCGACUCAAUGAGAGACACUAUGGGGCAUUACAAGGCAAAAAUAAGGCAGAGACAGCUGCUCUGUUUGGAGAGGAACAAGUAAAGAUUUGGCGUAGAGCCUAUGAUGUAAGACCACCUCCCUUAGAAGACUCAGACCCAGGCUGGCAAGGGGAAGAUGCUAGGUACAAGUUCAUUGACAAAAGACUUAUUCCCAGACAUGAAUGUUUAAAAGAUGCAGAACAAAGAAUUCUUCCAUACUGGCAUGAUGUAAUAUUCCCAAAGAUCAAGUCUGGAUCCAGAGUGCUGAUCUGUGUUCAUGGCACAAGUGUGCGUGCAUUGCUGAAAUAUUUAAACAAAGUGCCUGAAGAAGAAAUCAUUGAUCUUAAUAUUCCAACAGGAAUACCUUUAGUUUUUGAGUCUGACAAAGACCUUAGUCCAGUACGUCACUACUAUCUAGCUGAUGAGGCCAAAGUACAAGCAGCCAUACAGAAGGUGGCAGAUCAGGGAAAAGCAAGGAACUGAAAACCUAACAUUUUUCACUUUUUCAUUAUUUUUGUCUUCCAUUUUUUUCUACUAUUUCCUAAGAGGACUGUUAAUGUGUACUUUUGAUACAAAUUAGUAUUACUUUUAACUUUGAAAUUCUUUCCUUACCCAAAAGAUUUCUCUGAUUUAUAAUUUAGAUUAUUUUAAUGGUAAUCCUAGCUUGCACAAAUCUUUCUAUGUUUUUGUUUACCAGGGAGUAUUAUCAGACACUUUUGACUUUGGGAUAUUUGACAAAUGGUGACUUUUCCUUCAUUUAGUAUAUGAAGAAUAGCCUAAAGUCAUAUUUUGCCAAAAUGGGAAUUUUUUACAAACAGAUUAAAAAAUAUGCUGAAAUUGUCUAGGGACUCAUUUGAUGUAGGUGCAGGUUGUUUCUAAAAUUAUGCAAUGAAUACAUACUGGUGUACAUGUGGCAAAGUAAUAAUGUGGCACGCUCUUGCAGUAUUAUUUACCAUGGGUCUCAAUUGAGUUGACUCUUGCAUCAGCUGUGUUGUGGUCUUGUUAAGUUUCUGACAAACUUUAUGUCAUGUCAUUUUGUACAACGGAAGAAAUGAUCAAGUGUUGUUAAAAUACCAAUUAGACAAGUAGGAAAAUAUCUUUAGGGAUUAUAAGUUAAGUUAUUGAAGUCACAGUUUUCUGAGGAGUUUGUUUGAACAAAUGAGACGUUUUAACAUUUCCAAUCCAUGGUUUGUAUGCUUUCAUAUUUCUGUAAAUUACCUUGUGAAAUAAGUUGAAAACAAUUUAUUUGAGAAUUUAAUCGAUAUCUAGCUUUAAGAAAACUGUGACUGUUUUUAGACAUUAACUUUGAUUUUAACAUAAAAUGCUGUUACAUGUACAAGUCUUCUUGCUUAAACAGUAAGAUUCUUUUUAAUGUUAUUUAAAAGAUGUAGGGUGUGACAAAACUCUUUUUAAUCCGCGCAGCUCAUUUGUUGAUU